AUGGCUUCCUCGCAGCCAACCUCUCCCGUCCGAAGCCCCUCUCCUGACAGGUUCGAGCUGUCCCCAAACUCCAAGCUGAAGAAACUGCUGGCGGCCGUGGACAGCGACUCAGAUGAAGAUCAUACUCGAGUGCCCACGAAGACGCCUCACUUUGCUCGACGCGCUUCCCCUACAGCCAGCGAUCGAAGCAACGACGCGCCCGAACGCGCCUCUAGUGAUGAGGAUGCCCAGCCGAGAGGUCGGAUCGCGUCCCGGAUGCAGAGCGGUCGAGACGACGUGAGGGCACGUGUGAGGGAUAUGCUGCAGAACACAGACGCCAAACAGAGCCGGACAAACUCCGAUGAUGUCGAGAUGGCAGACUCGGUUGCCGCUGGGGCACAGGGAAGCGACAGCGAGGAUGAUAUUGUUCGGCCCCGAGGCCGACUCGCGUCUCGUAUGCAAGGCGGCGACAGUUCGACUGACCAAGGCACGAGGCCCGGCCCGGAGGAAUCAGCAGCAGAAGCUAUCGGCGCGGAUCAACCAUCCAACGGCCUUCAAGAUGCCGAGAUGGCAGAUGGUGGUGCGGAUGAUGAGGAGGAGGCAGUCUCCGCAAGGCCAAGGAAGCUCAAGCAAAGACAGAGGAGAAGCAAGACCCCGGAGUCCAACCUCGGGACACCGCAGAAGGAAGCAUCACCUGGUCUUUUCGUCACGCCAUCCAAGUCGCCAACCUCGGCACAACCAUCGAGCCAGGCUGAAGGCUCAGCAAGUGACGGGGAUGUUCCAGUCCUCAAGAGCAAUCGCUUUCAAGCCCUGGUCGAGAAGAAGCGGAAUGAGCGCCUAGCUCGUGAGGCCGAAGAAGCCCGGAAGAGGGAAGCCCGAGCCGCAGCGGCGGAGGAGCUCGGGGACGACAAUGACGACGACGUCUCAGACAUUUCGGAUGAUGAAGGCGGCCGCAAACUUACCCAAACACAAAAGGGCAAAAACGCGCCCCUUGCUCACGAGGCCAAAACCAAGAAGAAGAUCACCAAGGCGACACUGUUUGAGCGGUUCAACUUCAACCCUGGCGGGAAUGCAACAAAGGAGAAACUGCAGAGCUCCAGCAGACCUCAGACACCUACCUCUGCGAAGAGCACAGACGCAGAGAUGCGGGAUCCAGAGACACCUCCCAGUUCACCUCCUGCACGAGUCGAGGACGUCCUGGGAAAGGAUUUGGUGGGCUUGCAGUCGCAGGCCGGGGUUCCUGUUCCCCAGCCGACCACUGCUAGAAUUGAGGAGCAAGCUGAAGAAAACAACGACGACUUCCCGGACCUCAUGGACAUGCAAGCUUUUGCACGCAAACCUGUUGACAAGGGCAAAGGCAAGGCAGAAACACCAGAACUUGACACGAAACGGACCUCAAAGCGACAAGUUCGAAUCAAGCUUCCUCCGAUGCAAGCAUAUCGAGUUGACCUGGGCACUGGGAGCAACCAGGACAGCGACGACGACGAUGACUUGGUCAUCCUCGACGCAAAGAGGAGCAAGCUCGACGCCUUGUUUAACCGAGCCCCGAAUGACAAGAGCAAGGAAUCGCGCUCACUUUACGCUCUCCGACAACUCGCACAUCUCGACUCCCCAGAGCGCAAGGCACACAGAAAGACUGAUAAGGCCGCCAUGACUCCUGGCGAACUGCAAGCGUACCUCAACCAGCGAGCCCGCGACCAGGCUAGGCUCGAGAAAGAGAGACGUAUGGAAAUGCUCAGGGCAAAGGGCGUCCAUAUCCAGACAGAAGAGGAACGUGAGCGUGACCGGGAGCAGAUUGAAGACAUGGUCGCCCGCGCGAGACGUGAGGCCGAGGAGAUUAUGGCCCGCGAGAGAGAAGACGCGAAGAAGGAGAAGCGGGCCUCCGGCAAAGUCGACCCGCUGGCUUGGGAUGAAAGUGGCAGCGAUGAUGACUACGUUGCGGAAGGGGAGAACGAGAGCACUGCCGAAGUGGAAUUGUCAGGGUCAGAAGAGGAGGAAGACGACGACGCGAUGGUCCUGGGAGACGAUGCCGUCGACCAAGACGACGACGAGGCCGGAGAACAAGAACGUCUCAACCAGGGAUCUGCUGCUCGGCCUUUCGUGGACGAAGAUGCAGAAGACGACAGUGCAAGUGAGGCUUCGUCAAGCGGUCUUUCCUUCGUCGACCCGGACGAGGAGGAAGAGAGGCACCGGUGGGGAGCAUCUGACGAAGAAGCGGACGAAGCUCCAGCGUUCGUUCAAGCUCGCCGCCCGAAGAAACCUACUGCCAUUGUUCCCGACGACGAAGCGGAUGAGGAUCAAGCACGCGCUUUUGUUCAAGCUCGCCGCCGGAAGAGACCUACCGCAAUCAUUUCCGACGACGAAGAUGGCUUAGACGUCGAGGCAACACCGAGGCCCAAGGCUCACCCAGCUACCUUGACACCUGCGCCCAAACCGAAGGCUGUCGAGUUCACUCCGGCUCCGAAUAGCGCCUCCCCCGAGGUACCACAGUCAGUACUGAGGUCGGCCAAUAAAACCUUCAUUCCCGGGCUGCCUGUGAAUGCCGGAGGUCCUGCUGGUCUCGGGCUGACGCAGAUAUUUGCGGGCACUAUGGACAGUCAGGCAAUGCCAUUCGAGGGGUCUCCAUCGCAGCCUAUGCCCACGUUCGACAAUUUCCCCGACUCGCAAUUCUCUCAGAAGGCCAAUGAUUCAGCGGACGGCAUGGUACUUGACAGCCAGCCGGUUCCAGCCACUCAGCAGAACGAGACGCAGGCGGGCGAUAACGAGUCGCAGAUCCAGUUCAACUUCUCACAAUCUCAAACGCACGGCCUCGGCAGCCUCUUGAGGGAUGAUAUCAUGACCCAGGCUUCUGAUCAGAUGAACCCUACCCAAGAUGAUGGUUUCCAAGACUGGACGCCCCUCAAAGAGAGAUUUGUAGAGCCACCAUCGGCGACCGCGGACACUGUCGUGCGGGACCCGAGCGAGGCUGUGGAUCUUUCCCACCAAUCUCCCCUUGUGCAGAAGCGAGGCCGACUCUGUAGGAAGGCGGCCGUUGCCUCGGACGAGGAGGAGGAGGUUGACGGGGCUGAUUCCACCACCAAACCUAGUGCCUUCAACAUCCUGCAAGAUGCUGCCGCCAAGGAAAAGAAGCGGAAGGAAAGGGAGGACUUCAUCAAAAAGAAGAGCAAGGCCAAGGAGAUGGUUGAAGAGCAGGCCGAGGAGUCGGAAGACGAGUAUGCCGGGCUGGGUGGCGUAGAUGGCGAGGACAGCGACGAUGACGAUGCUGCGUCUGUCCAUGAAAUGAUUGACGACAAAACUCAGAAUAAUCAGGCUGACGGCCUUGAGCUAGCUAAGUUCUAUGCUGACCGCGCCCGAGCCGACGAUGAGAAACAAGUCGACAAGCUGUUCAAGGACAUCACGACGGGCAUGCUUCGCCGCAAGCGCGGCGCAGGAGAAUUCGACCUUGAUGACGAGGACGAUGGCGGUGAGGCCCGUCGGCGCAUGAAGAGACGCCAAUUCGCCAAGAUGCAGAAGGCCCUUUUUGCGGACGAGCGGAUCUCCAAAGUUGCUGAAAACCCGCGUAAUCAGGCUUUCAUGCGCACCAUCGAAGACAUUGGUAGCGACGAGGAGAUGGACUUUCUUUAUGAGCCAGCUCCCGGUGACAACAAAGACAGCCAAGAGGGCUCACAGGAUAAUCAAGCACAAAGCGCUGCCUCUGUUGUGCCAGAUAGUCAGCCAAAAGCUGCCGGUACUAUGAGCGCCCCUCCCAAGAGGGCGCCGGCGGCCGAGAGGCGCACCAAGACUGGCAAGAAACCCUCCGAUAUUGGCGAGAUCCGCGAGACCUUGUCCAAUCUCCUGGACGAGCCAAGCGGGAACUCCAUCAUCUCAGCCACCGACUUUGGGUCCGACAGCGAGGAGGAAGGCGACGACGAGGACGACGGCGGGUCCUCCAACAAGGAGAAUGCGAACCCGCGGCGUUCGCGCGCCCGGCACGCAGGCCAGGUGGUCGACCGCAUCACCCUCAAGCGGCAGGGCUCCUCCAACGUGUCCACCGCGUCCAACGGCGGGCGCCUGGCCUUCGCAGCGCCCAACUCCAGCAGCGCGGGCUUCAAGGUGCCGGCACUGCUGCGCCGAGCCACGACUAACUCCCUGAUUUCCACGGGCUCCUCCAGCGCGUCCGGGAAGGGCGGUGCCGCUGGGGCCGGCAGCGCGGGCGGGUUCGGCGAGGACGCCAAGAUCAAGACCAAGGCCGGCAAGAAAAGCGGGAUCAGCUACCUCGCGCGGGAGAACGACCGGCGCAAGGCGGUCGACGAGGCCGAGAAGCGCAGGGAGCAGAGGAAGUUCCGCGCCGUGGAGGGGCGGAGCAAGGUUGUUGGUGGGCUCUUUAGGGCUGGCAAGUUUGAGUAG